AUGACCUGGGCUGCUGAUCUACAACUAAAGUCACUGGCAACUGCCCCUGAAAAGCAGAAGUUGUGGGUUUCCAGUUUCCAAAGCAGGUUGGACCUGUGUUUGGCUGUCACUGCCGGGAGGAAUGAGAAGCUGGGGACGGGAGGCGCUGGAAGGGGUGGAGUACAAUAGCCCCUCCCCGUUGGCUGUUUACACACUGGAGCUUUAAACCUCACAGAAAACAAUAAAAAGUGCCCGGAGCUGCUAGUCCGCUGCGCUUGGGUUUGCUCAGGCUGCAGCGACUGAGAUAACGGAUCACACCAAAGCUCUCAGCUCCGAGCCAGAAACUGUCCCUGUCGCCGCAGAGGGGAAGAUCUCCAGAGACCAUGACCCCGAAAAGAAUUGCUGUGAUUGGUGCAGGAGUCAGCGGGCUGAGUUCCAUUAAGUGCUGCUUGGACGACGGCUUGGAGCCCGUCUGCUUUGAAAGAACCGGUGACAUAGGCGGGCUCUGGAGAUUCGAGGAAAAUCCUGAGGAAGGAAGGGGCAGUAUUUACAAAUCAGUGAUCAUCAACACAUCAAAAGAGAUGAUGUGCUUCAGUGACUACCCCAUCCCUGAUCAUUUCCCUAACUUCAUGCCCAACUCCCAGGUCAUGGAGUAUUUUAGGAUGUAUGCAAAAGAAUUUGGCCUUCUCAAGUAUAUCCAUUUUAAGACUUCUGUGUCUAGUGUGAAGAAGAGACCCGAUUUCUCCACAUCAGGUCAAUGGGAAGUGGUAACAGAAUGUGAAGGGAAAAAAGAGAAAAACGUCUUCGAUGGAGUCAUGGUUUGCACUGGCCAUCAUACCAAUGCUCAUUUACCCUUGAAUACCUUUCCUGGGAUAGAGAAGUUCAAGGGAGUGUACCUCCAUAGUCGAGAAUAUAAGAACCCACAGCGUUUCACUGGGAAGAGAGUUAUUGUCAUUGGCAUUGGGAAUUCUGGAGGUGAUCUGGCUGUGGAGAUCAGCCAUACAGCCAAACAGGUUUUUCUUAGCACUAGGAGAGGGUCUUGGAUCCUGAAUCGUGUGGGAGACAAUGGCUAUCCUACUGAUGUGUUGCUGUCUUCUCGAUUUCUUUAUUUUCUGAAGAAUAUUUUUGGUGACUCAGUCGCAAACUCUGUACUGGAAAAAAGGCUGAACAAAAGGUUUGACCAUGCAAUGUUUGGCCUGAAGCCUAAACACAGAGUUCUGAGUCAACAUCCAACAGUAAAUGAUGACCUGCCAAAUCGUAUCAUUUCUGGGAGGGUAAAAGUGAAAGGAAAUGUGAAAGAAUUCACAGAAACGGCUGCCAUCUUUGAUGAUGACUCCAGAGAGGAUGACAUAGAUGCCGUUGUCUUUGCCACAGGCUAUAGCUUUGCCUUUCCAUUUCUUGAAGAUUCUGUCAAAGUAGUCGAAAACAAGAUAUCUCUAUACAAAAAUGUCUUCCCUCCUAACCUAGAAAAGCCAACUCUUGCAAUCAUAGGCUUGAUCCAACCCUUGGGUGCCAUUAUGCCUAUUUCAGAGCUCCAAGGACGCUGGGCCACUCAAGUAUUUAAAGGGAUAAAAAAGUUGCCCUCCAAAAGUGAAAUGAUGUCAGAAAUAGCUAAGGUUCAAGAGGAACUUUCAAAAAGGUAUGUGGGCACCCAACGACACACCAUCCAGGUUGAUUAUAUAACUACCAUGGAAGAUCUUGCUGAGUUGGUGGGUGCCAAGCCCAACAUCCUAUCUCUAGCCUUCACCGACCCCAAAUUAGCAUUAGAAUUAUUUAUUGGACCCUGUACUCCAAUGCAUUAUCGUCUGCAAGGUCCUGGAAAAUGGUCUGGAGCCCGAAAAGCUAUUCUCACCACAUAUGAACGGAUCAAGAAGCCUAUGAUGACAAGAAAAAUUGAAUGCAGUACUUCUACAAAUUCAGUCAUCACAAUGGGCAGGUUUAUGCUGGCCAUUAUUUUCUUUGCUGUACUUUUGGCCUAUUUGUAGCUCUCUGAUUGCCAUUACUCUGGUUUUCCUGGGGUAACAGGAUCUAGAGAUGCCUACAGAGUCAGAAGGCAUUGAAAAUCUCAUCAGCUUCAUAUUACUCAGAAACCUAUUUUUAUUUCUCUUUCCAAAGUGUUGGCCCUCUUUCUUGUUUUCCCUGUAGUGAAAUCUCUCUCUUUUCUUUUUCAAAUUACCUCCUUUCCUUUGACUCCAUCAUUUCCUUUUAGUAAUCUCUACUCUAUGGGCUCAGAUGCUCUCUUAGCCUUCUCAGAGCUAUUGACAAGUGGUAGGUUCAAAUAUGUAUUUAUUAUUUAUCACAUAUGAGAGAGUCACUAUCUAUAUGGGGAAGGG